AUGCGUCCCACAACCCCAGUCCUCGCCAUUCUCACGGCAACAACAACCCCCAUCACUGCCCUCAGCCUCUUCCCACGACAAAGCGCCUGUCCCUCCGUCUGGACCGACGUAGCCGCCUCCUUCGAAAAACAACUGACCUCAUGCGGCAAAUUCGCCCACACCCUGAUCCGCCUUGCCUUCCACGACUGCAACUCCGGCUGCGAUGGCAGCAUAAUCCUCACCGACGAAUGCUCUGCUACGCAAAACCGCGGCCUCAAUGACACAUGCAACACACUCCGCAGCAUGCGCACCCAAUUCAACGUCGGCGCAGCCGACAUCAUCCAAUUCGGCGCCGCCCUCGCCAUCUCUGCCUGCCCGCUCGGCCCACGCGUUCAAGCAUUCGUGGGCCGCCCCGACAAAGCGGAAGCCGCACCUGUUGGCUCCCUCCCCAAAAGCAGCGAUUCUCCCGAAAAGCUGAUUGCAGAUUUCCGUGCCUUGGGCAUUUCGGCAAAGGAAAUGAUUGCGUUGCUGGGCACGCAUAGUGUGGCGGUGCAGUUGUUUGAUGAUCCGAAGCAGGCGGGGAAAGGGUUGGAUAGUACGCCGUCGAGGUAUGAUACUUUGUAUUAUAAUCAGACAAAGUUUAGGACGGCCCCGUAUACGCUGCAGAGUGAUUUUGCCUUGGCGCAUUUUAAUGAGACGGCGGAUAUCUGGGACUCGUUUAUCGACUCUACGGAUGCAUGGACGCAAGCUUUUGUCCCGGCGUGGUUUAAGAUGUCGACUGUGGGUGUCGACACGAGUAAUUUGCAGGAUUGCUCGGGUCUUGUUCCGGCUAGUAAGACGAAACGUCGUAGGAGUGCGGAUGGGGUGGUGAAGAAGUUUAGGGGGUGA